UUCAGCAACGAUACAUCAUGCAUUCAUGAAGAUGCAAGUUAAGGGUUUGACACAUCAUAUAAUGUCUCACUAAACUCAUAAUCAAAUAUUCAAGUCUUUUGAUAAACUUAACACGUGUGCAACAAUUAUCACGGAGGAACCUUCAGAUCAACGCCAUUUUUAGGAGGUGUAGGUUGUGUGGUGGAGGAAAGGUUGGGCCACGUAGUUACUUCAUGGGAGAAGAUUUAAAUUUCAUAUCUGUAUUAUUGGACUUGAAUUUAUUCAAUACUGUAAAUAUAAGUUAUACAGCACACAAUGCCACUGAGGUUAGAUAUCAAGCGAAAACUGACCGCUCGGUCAGACAGGGUAAAGAGCGUGGACCUUCAUCCUACAGAACCAUGGAUGCUCUGUUCCUUGUAUCAAGGAAAUGUUAAUAUUUGGAAUCAUGAAACUCAGACGCUGGCCAAAACAUUUGAAGUAUGUGACUUACCAGUUCGUACAGCCAAAUUUGUACCACGCAAGAAUUGGGUUGUUACUGGUUCAGAUGAUAUGCAAGUUAGAGUAUUUAAUUAUAAUACUUUGGAACGUGUGCAUUCUUUCGAGGCACAUAGUGACUAUGUUAGAUGCAUUGCAGUACAUCCAACACAACCAUUUAUAUUAACAAGUAGUGAUGAUAUGCUAAUCAAAUUGUGGAACUGGGAAAAAGGUUGGAUAGCACAACAGGUGUUUGAAGGACACACACACUAUGUAAUGCAAGUAGUAUUCAAUCCAAAAGACAACAAUACAUUUGCAAGUGCUUCAUUAGACAGAACAGUGAAAGUAUGGCAACUUGGAUCUUCCACAGCCAAUUUCACACUAGAUGGUCAUGAGAAAGGUGUAAAUUGUGUUGAUUACUAUCAUGGUGGAGAUAAACCAUACUUAAUAUCAGGAGCAGACGAUAACUAUGUCAAAAUUUGGGACUAUCAAAAUAAAACUUGUGUACAGACACUAGAAGGACACACACAGAAUAUUUGUGCCGUUUGUUUUCAUCCAGAAUUGCCCAUCAUUCUUACGGGUUCUGAAGAUGGAACUGUUCGAAUAUGGCAUGCUGGAACAUACAGAUUGGAAUCUUCCCUUAAUUAUGGUUUUGAGAGAGUAUGGGCAAUUGCUUGUUUAAAGGGCUCAAACAAUGUUGCAAUUGGUUACGAUGAGAGUAGCGUUAUAGUAAAAGUUGGUAGAGAGGAGCCUGCAGUUUCAAUGGAUUCAUUAGGUGGUAAGAUCGUCUGGGCAAAACAUAGUGAAAUACAGCAAGUGAACUUGAAAGCUUUGGGAGAGGAAACACAAGAUGGGGAGAGACUCCCACUGGCUGUCAAAGACAUGGGUGCCUGUGAAAUUUAUCCACAAACUAUCCAGCAUAAUCCGAAUGGAAGAUUCCUGGUAGUUUGUGGAGAUGGAGAGUACAUUAUUUACACAUCUAUGGCAUUAAGAAAUAAAGCCUUUGGUCAAGCAUCGGAAUUCAUCUGGGCAGCUGAUUCAAGUCAGUAUGCUGUCAGAGAAAGUAAUACCACUGUAAAAGUCUUCAAGAACUUCAAAGAAAAGAAGAGCUUUAAGCCUGAUUUUGGUGCUGAUGGUAUUUUUGGUGGAUUUUUGUUGGGCGUUUCUUCUGGAUCUGGUCUGUCAUUUUUCGACUGGGACUCGCUUAAGUUAGUUCGUCGUAUAGACAUUCAACCUACACAUGUCUAUUGGGCCGAAAAUGCCUCUCUGGUAGCAUUAGCUACAUCUGAUCAAUACUUUAUUUUAAAGUACCAUGCUGAUGUGGUUGCAAAUGCACCAGAAAAUUCAGAAGACAUUGAAGAUGCUUUUGAGAUGGUAGCAGAAAUGAGUGAAACUGUGAAAACUGGUCUAUGGGUCGGUGACUGCUUCAUUUACACAAAUAGCGUAAAUCGGAUAAACUAUUUCGUCGGUGGAGAAGUUGUGACUGUAUCACACUUAGACAGACCAAUGUAUCUUCUUGGAUAUGUCCCAAGGGACAACAGAUUGUAUCUAUGCGACAAGGAACUGUCAGUUGUCUCGUAUUCGUUAUUAUUAUCUGUAUUAGAAUACCAGACUGCUGUUAUGCGAAAAGAUUUCGAGACAGCAGACAGAGUUCUUCCCACGGUUCCCAAGGAACAUCGUACGCGAGUGGCUCAUUUCUUGGAAAAACAAGGUUUCAAAGAACAAGCAUUGGCUGUGUCCACGGAUCCAGAACACAGGUUUGAAUUGGCUCUGGCAUUGGGAGACCUCGCAACGGCGCAUUCGCUUGCAAAGGAAGCGAAUAGCCAGCAAAAAUGGCGGCAAUUGGCGUCUCUCGCCACUCAGAAAGGAAAACUGUGCUUAGCACAAGAAUGUUUACAUCAGGCGCAAGAUUUCGGUGGGCUCCUACUGCUUGCCACAAGUACAGGAAACGCGAGUAUGAUUCAAAAACUAGGCUCGGACGCUAAUGAUAUGGGCAAGAAUAACAUUUCUUUCUUGUCAUAUUUUAUCCUUGGAGACCUUGACAAGUGUCAGGAAAUCCUUAUAAAAACGGACAGAACUCCAGAGGCUGCGUUCUUUGCACGAACGUACGCUCCUAGUAAAGUUUCAUCGAUUGUAAAAUUAUGGAAGGAGAAACUCUCGUCUGUGAGCAAGAAAGCUGGACAGAGCUUGGCUGAUCCUGAACAGUAUGAAAACCUGUUCCCUGGAUACAGAGAAGCGUUGAAGGUCGAACAGUUCCUUAGAGAGGAGAGUAAGAAGAAGGUUCCGGCAUCUGCAUUCCCGACUAUGAAACCGAAUGUCGAACGAAAUCCAUUCGAGGAGAUGCUAGCGGCUGAGCAGGCGAAUCGGUUUACCUACAAAGCGGCUACAAGUACAACUGACGAAGCAGAAGAACCAACCACCGAAAUUCUAAUGAAUAGGCUACAGGAUCUCGAUAUUGGUAAGGUAAUCCCAUCGUCUACGGAAAAAUCGAAUCUUCCCGAGAAGAUUACGAAGACCACCAGCAGCUCUAGACCAUUAACCAUGGACGAGGACGAUCUGGAUCUCGAUCUUGAAAUCGAUGAUACUAUAGAUACUACUGGGUGAAUCGAGGUCAAACGGAAGAACAACAUGGAUGGGGAACAAAAGAGGGUAACUAGACGAUGCUUUAAUACCCUUAAAUACAGACGCGUAAUUCUAGAAGGGUAUUACAUUACUAAAACAGUCUGAAACCAAGCGUGGUACGUACACGCGCAUCUAGAACGAGUGUAUGCGUGGCAAUAUAUCGAUCUUGACCGAUGUAUGUGAACACGUUCCACCUAUCAAGCAGAACGAACACCACGUUAAAUAAAGCAAAGAAAGGCGAAACACACGCGGAAAUAAAAGGAAGAAAGAAACCGUAGGCAGGUAACGCGAAAGUAGAGAAUUUCGAGCCUUUUGUUUUAAGAUAAAAAUCGAUAGCUGUAUUUUCAGUCAUAUUUUCUUUCCUCGUCUAAUUUCUUUCUAAACACCGAUUAUUAGGAUUCUUGAGUCAUCAACGAGUGAAGAGGGAACUACGAAGCCAUAAAGUUUGUUGACUUUGCGCCAGUCACGGUUCAUUCUCUUUACAGCCUUAUUGCCAUAACAUUCGUGUACAGAAUCCCUCUUUGUGUACCCUUUCCCUCGUUUAUAUUGUUUUAUCACGCUUUCUUUAUUUAGACAGCAAAUAUUUCUCUCGCUCAAUUAUCAUAUUUUCAUAUUAUACAAUAUUUAUUAAAGUAUCUAUUAAUCUAAUAAAGAUUAAAUCUUUUAAGAGGAGUAAAGAGAAUACAAAGUUUCUAAAGCAGUAGAUUUUUUUAUACAUUGAAGCUUUUUUAAAUUCCUUUUUUUUUCUACUAUCCAAACGUUCUG